AUGCUGACUCUACGGCAAAUCUGGGUUAUCGCGAACGACAUCUCGCACACGCUGUUCGGAUCGCCAGCGCUUCGAGACGUUGCUCGUGGAUCCACAACUCUCGAUCUAUCAGCGAACGUUACCGUUGCAGAUGGAUAUCCAGGAUAUCCUGAUUUCAGUCCCACCGGGAGCAACAUCGAUCAUUUCAGAUGCCAAUACCCAAGUCUGAAAGGAUGGCAGUACUGCGGGGGUUCCGAGGAUCAGUCCUGCUGGCUCCGCAAUCCCGACACCGGAGAGAAGUUCACAAUUGAUACUAACUAUGAGACUCAAAUGCCCGUCGGUAUCGAUCGGUACAUCACAUUGGACGUCUCGGACGGCUGGAUAAAUGCAGAUGGUUUGAAUUUCACUGAAGCAAAGUUAUUCAACAAUACCUUCCCCGGCCCCUUGAUCGAAGCAUGCUGGGGAGACACGGUUCACAUCAAUGUCACCAACUCUUUGGGCUUGAACGGGACCAGCAUUCACUGGCACGGCCUCCGUCAACAUAAUACUAUGCAUAUGGAUGGAGUCAAUGGUCUCACUCAGUGCCCGAUCGCCCCUGACGACUACUUCGUUUACAUCUGGAACGCCACACAAUACGGUAGCUCAUGGUAUCACGCACAUUACAGUGUCCAGUACGCGGAUGGCCUUCAGGCUCCAAUUACCAUCCACGGCCCUACAGUCUCCCCUUAUGAUGAAGCAAUUGAGCCUCUAAUUGUCACAGAUUGGCUACACAAUGGCGCCUUCAAUGCUCUUUAUCAAGGCGCCCUCGUACCUGACAUCUUACUGGGCGGCGUUGGAAACGCUGUUGGAGAUAUUCAUCGUUUCAACAACAGUGAGACAGCGCUUCUGCCGGUUCCAAAGCCUUAUGAGAUUCAUUUCGACAACAUGGCCCCGAACCCUGUCACCAGAGCCAAGAGAUACUUGCUUCGACUCAUCAAUACGUCUUGGCAGACCACAUUCGUUUUCUCAAUCGAUAAUCAUCUAAUGACCAUUGUGGAGGCCGACUUCGUUCCUGUCACACCCUUCAACACAUCGUCUCUUCUUGUCUCGAUCGGGCAAAGGUACAACAUCAUCGUCGAGGCCAGCCCAACCGUCAAUGCCUCCAACCCUGACCAAAACCCUCUACCAAAGGACUGCAACUUCUGGGUACGCGCCUGGGUGGCUGGUAGCUUCCCGGGCGAGUGCGGACAGAAUGGAACAAGCCAGGAGUAUUCCGAGGCAGGCAUCCUUCGUUAUGAUGCGGCGAGCACAAGCAAUCCUACCAGUCAGCCUUGGAACAUCAACUUGACCUGCUCCGACACAGACACCAACUUGAAGUUGCGACCCGUCGUGCCUUGGACGGUGGGGCAACCGGCAAAUGGCAAGGCCGAUGAUAACUUCAACGUGUCGCUUCUGCACGGCGAAGGCCCAUACGGAACGUCGUUCAUAUCCCUCGAUCGCGCAGGGAGUGACAAGCAGGAUCCGUUCCAGACUGACUACGGCAACCCUACGUUCUUGAACCUCGAUAACGUCCAGGGCAAAUGGCCGGUUGGAUGGGUUGUUGUUCCAGAGAAUUACACUGAUAAUGACUGGGUACACCUGGUUCUCUUCGGCGCAUUGGAUCCCGAGAACCAAACUUAUGGCCCCCAUCCGAUUCAUCUUCACGGUCAUGAUUUUGCCAUUCUUCGGCAGGUUGAUAACGAAAUAUGGGAUCCAGCCACCUAUGAUCCCAGUAAAAACAACCUGGACAACCCUCCCCGUCGCGAUGUCGUCUUGCUUCCAGCACAAGGAUACGUCAUCAUCGGAUUCAAGACCGACAACCCAGGCGUCUGGCUCAUGCAUUGCCACAUCGCUUUCCACGCUGCGGGCGGACUUUCCAUGCAGAUCAUGGAGCGCCAGGGCGCUGCCAACGAGUUCUGGCCACCAGGUAACUCGGCAGACCUUGAUGAAGCCAACCGGCUGUGUGCGAACUGGAAUAGUUGGGCGUAUGACUGCAGGAACUUCUGGCCUGGCGAGGUGCCGAAGUUGGAUAAGGAUGGAAACCCGACCAACCAGACCCAUUGGCCCGCGUGUGAAAAUGCGGUAAUGCUUCAGAACGACUCUGGUGUCUGA